UGUUGUUCUAUAUAAACUCGAGAGUUCCAAGUUCCAAAAAAACAAAACUCUAAAAGAUGAAAGAGUGAAUAAUUCAAAAUGGAGCUUGAAAAAGGGGUGCAGAGAUGGAUUGUUGACAUAUCUAUUUGGAAUCCUUCGCCCCAUCAGUUCAAUCUUGCCGUAUCUCUUCUUCCCCACUGCGAACACUCCUCCAUCACCAGGUUUGUGAAAUUCGAGGAUCGAAAAAGGGCUCUCGUAAGCCGGCUGCUGCAGUAUGCUCUGGUGCAUCAAGUUUUGGGAAUUCCAUUCGAUGAGAUUAUAAUCAAGCGAACUCCCGAGGGAAAGCCCUUUUUGGUGUGUGACAACGUGGACUCGGGGUUUCCAAAUUUCAACUUUAAUGUAUCCCAUCAUGGUGACUAUGUCGCGAUAGCGUCUGAGCCUGUGUGCCUCGUGGGAGUGGAUAUCGUCACUCAUUCAGUUCCUGUGAACGAACCAGCUGACAAGUUUGUACAGAGUUUCUCAUCAUACUUCUCUGAUUUGGAAUGGCGUAGUAUCCGCAAUGCCAGCUCUUCCGAUGAGAUGCUGAGAGUUUUUUAUAGGUAUUGGUGCUUGAAGGAAGCUUUCGUGAAGGCAAUCGGUAGCGGUGUCGGCCACAAAUUGGAUGAUGUGGAGUUUCAUCACACAAGUUGGGAGAAUAUAUAUGUCAAAGUUUGUGGGAAAGAAUUGAAAGACUGGAGAUUUUGGCUUCAAGAUCUCAGCAACAACCAUUCAGUAGCCGUUGCAAGGGGUCAUCCAAGAAGUGCCAUCUCUAGUUACAUGAAAACUCUAAAACAGAUUGAUUUCAAAGAGGAGUAUAAAACAUGCCUCAAUCUUCCAAAUCCAAGUUUUACUUUUCUAACAGUAGACGAUCUCGUCCGAUCAUGGGGCGAUGAUGUGUCGAGAAAACUUGAUGUCUUAUGACAAGAGAGAAAUAGAUCAAGUCAGUCAACGGCGGAUUCAAGAUUUUCGGUUUGAGGGGUGACAAAUGAUUACAUGCAUUUGGAGACUUAAAUCUGAGCUUUUUUUAAUAUUGGUGGUGCAUAGAUAGAUAUAACAAUUUUUUUUUUUAUUUUUUAUGUUAAUAUGUUGGUGGUAUAAAAUAUUUUAGCAACUAUUCCUUUUGUCCCCUUGAAGAUGGCUCCUUUCUAUUUC